AUGCGAAUUUUAAUAAUUAAUUGCUAUGAUAACAAAGACCUUGAAAAAUUUUAACAUUUCCAAUUUCAUGUUAUGAAAGUAAUAUAAUAAACUAAAAUAGUAUUUAGCAGAAUAGAAAGAGUUAAUAGAUACAGAAAAUGAAUUUUAUGUUCGAAAUAGAGAUACAAUAGAAGAUUUCCUUUAUGAAGUAGAAAGUUCUUACGUGAAAAAGGAGGCAGCACUCAAAUUUGAUUAACUUGAUGUGAUAUUUGUUAUAGGAGAUUGUCAUACAAGACCUUGGGCUGUUCAUAUGGGUAUGAAUAAGAGGAUUACAGUUAGCAAAAAUAUUAGUUUUGUUGAGAAUGUGUCUAAGAGUAUAGAAGUUGUUAUUUGCUUCAGGAUUUGCCAUGUAGGCCUUAGUAUAUUUAUCAGCAUCGAAUAUUGAAAGAGUAAUCCCUUUAUAUUAUACAAGCAAAUAAACCUAAUCAAUCAGAAUGGAGGUAAAUUAUCAGAUUUAAGAGAACUAAAAAUCCAAAUUCAACAAAGCGAUAUGUUUUUGGAAAAUACUUCAGGAGAUUUAUAUGUUUUUAAUUAUGAAACCUCUGAAUGGAUUCCAAAACUAAAUGUAGGUAUCCAUUUAAGGAGUGCGGCCCAAGAAUUUUAAUCAAUAGGAAAAUAUAUUGUAAAAGCCCCUAUUUAUAAACCAAAAUAAAUGGGGUCAUUUAUAAGUAAAAAUAAAAACACUGAAACUGUGGUUUCUAUAAGAAAUGUUUAUAUAUAGCAUUGGGUAUUAUCUAAUUUUAAUCUAUAAAGGCAUUUAGAGAUAUAGAAUCGAGAUUUUUGGCACCCUUGUUGAAUAGAUGGGAUGUUCAUAAUUUCUAAUUCAAUAAUUCAGAAAAAAAAUUUAUUUGUCUUGCUGAAAGUGAUGAAGGACCAUCAAUCAUUGAAUAUCCAAGAGCAUUAGCUUGUAUGUUUGAAAUUGACACAAAAUAUCCAUUUACAAGCACUUUACUUAAAAAUUUUGUUUAAUAUGCUAUGUACAAUAUCAAAGUAUCAAAGUAAAACAACCUUUAAUAUCAUUAAGUUCCUCAAAACCUUUUGAUUCAAUUGAGAAUUAUCACCAAGUUAAUAAUAAAAGCUCUUCAAUUUUAGAUCUUUUGAGAAACAAUAAUCAUUAAAGCCAAAAAAAAACAACUCUGGAAUUGAUGCAAAUAAGAGGGAAGAAUGGAAUAACAUCUCAUAGUCAAUAAAAAAUAACAUAUGCAUUAGAGGAAUAAAAAUUAGAAUAAAUGCAACAUAAUAUAAAAAGGAGAAGUAGCAUUGCUCAUGUGGGAUUUACAUUAAAUAAAAAUGUACCUAUAAAACCAGUAGAAAUAAAUGCGGUUGGGAAAAGAAGGAUUAAAUAUUAAUAAGGCAUAUAGAAUUAAAGAAAGAUAAGUGUUGAUGAUGCAUAUUAAAAAUCAUAAAGAGGUAGUGAAGAUGAUAUUUUCAAUGAACCUUAAAUAAUAUAAAAAACCUAAACAUUAAAACCACCUAGCAAAUCAGAAAUAAGAAAAAUGUUGCAUCCAGAUAUUUCUAAAUCUUGUUUAGAAGUAAAAGAAAUUUGGAUUCCUGGACAUUUAUCAGAGUAUUUAAAAACUUUAGGUGAAAAUAGAAUAUCUAAGAUUGGGGGAUCUUUACAAUCUAAUAAUUCUACUUAAAACACAUUAAGAAAGAGAUGGAUUUGA